AUGACCUGGCCGCCGGGCCGUCUGGCCAGUCACUACGGCGUGUCAAAAUCGCCGUUUACUGUGGGAGCCCAAUUGGAAGCCCUUUCCGCGGCUGAUGUCCGACAAAUAGCAUCCCUCGCUCGUCUCGAACUUUCCGACGCGGAAGUGGAUGACAUGCGGUCCCAACUUUCCGACAUCCUGGACCGAUUUCGGUCAUUGGCCGAGGUUCCGACGGAUGGCGUGGAGCAGACGGGCCACUGGGCAAACAUUCACUCCGUUACCCGCCCCGAUCAACAGGGCAGAUCCUUCAUGCGCGAUGAGACGGUGGCCAACGCGCCAGACCACGACGGCGAAUUUCUUCGCGUAAAGCCGGUUCUAGAGUAG